AUGACACCAGGAGAGAACGGUCGUUCGCCAUAUGAGCGAGAACUUGUUUACUCCAAACCUGGCAGCACUGUCGCUCCUACUCCUGCUGCUGCUACUGCUACUGUCGGGAUAGCAGAGGUACCGCCGCCAUCAGGACCACCAUCCAUUGGUGAAUGGAACAUGUUCGAUAUCUUCAGCUUCCCAAUCCCGCAUGAUAACUCGCAGGAGAAUGUCAUUCCACCAUUGUGGACUCCAGAUAGUGCUGUUCCUCCGAUGCCCAGCUUAACAGAUUAUCUCCAACUGCCUGCCCAUCGAUUAGCACGCCUGAGCACUCAACCCGGAGUCCUCGAAGAUAGAAGCGCAUCCUCCGGACUACUAGACUCACUGCGCGACAUCAACCAAGAGCUCUCCAACGUUAACUCCUAUUAUUAUCAGAAGAUCGCGUUUUGUACACGCAUAAACCCUAAAUAUAAUAGGCGAGCACGGUAA